AUGCCCAUGACAGAAUGUAUUAUGAAGCUAAUUCUAGCCAAAGUCAUGCCCAUGACAGAAUGUAUUAUUAUUAAGCUAAUUCUAGCCAAAGCCAUGCCCAUGACAGAAUGUAUUAUUAUGAAGCUAAUUCUAGCCAAAGUCAUACCCAUGACAGAAUGUAUUAUUAUGAAGCUAAUUCUAGCAAAAGCCAUGCCCAUGACAGAAUGUUUUAUUAUUAAGCUAAUUCUAGCCAAAGUCGUGCCCAUGACAGAAUGUAUUAUUAUGAAGCUAAUUCUAGCCAAAGUCAUGCCCAUGACAGAAUGUAUUAUUAUGAAACUAAUUCUAGCCAAAGUCAUGCCCAUGACAGAAUGUAUUAUUAUUAAGCUAAUUCUAGCCAAAGUCAUGCCCAUGACAGAAUGUAUUAUUAGUAAGCUAAUUCUAGCCAAAGUCAUGCCCUUGACAGAAAGCAUUAUAAAGCUAAUUCUAGCCAAAGUUAUGCCUAUGACAGAGUGUAUUAUGAAGCUAAUUCUAGCCAAAGUCAUGCCCAUGACAGAAUGUAUUAUGAAGCUAAUUCUAGCCAAAGUCAUGCCCAUGACAGAAUGUAUUAUGAAGCUAAACUUAGCCAAAGCCAUGCCCAUGACAGAAUGUAUUAUUAUGAAGCUAAUUCUAGCCAAAGUCAUGCCCAUGACAGAAUGUAUUAUUAUGAAGCUAAUUCUAGCAAAAGCCAUGCCCAUGACAGAAUGUUUUAUUAUUAAGCUAAUUCUAGCCAAAGUCGUGCCCAUGACAGAAUGUAUUAUUAUGAAGCUAAUUCUAGCCAAAGUCAUGCCCAUGACAGAAUGUAUUAUUAUGAAACUAGUUCUAGCCAAAGUCAUGCCCAUGACAGAAUGUAUUAUUAUUAAGCUAAUUCUAGCCAAAGUCAUGCCCAUGACAGAAUGCAUUAUGAAGCUAAUUCUAGCCAAAGUCGUGCCCAUGACAGAAUGUAUUAUGAAGCUAAUUCUAGCCAAAGUCAUGCCCAUGGCAGAAUGUAUUAUUAUGAAGCUAAUUCUAGCCAAAGUCAUGCCAAUGACAGAAUGUAUUAUGAAAGUAGUUCUAGCCAAAGUCAUGCCCAUGACAACAUGUAUUAUGAAGCUAAUUCUAGCCAAAGUCAUGCCAAUGACAUAA